CAAACACUCUUCUACCACCGAUCACUAUACCAUUAUAUAUACAAGAAAUUCAUCGCUUGUGACAAUGAAACGACCAACCACAAGCAUGAUCUUCAUGUUUCCAUUUGUCCUUGUUACCUCACUCUGCUUCGUCUCUGCUGAAGAUAAAGAGGGCGCACGAUCAACAACAAAUACUGCAGAACAAGAACUGAGCCCACAUAUUAUUGACAAAUUAUCACGCAUCAUUCAGCCCAACCCAACGUAUGCCUUUUAUGACUCGUCCAAGUUUAAGCAUGAUGAGCUUGCUGCCUCAGCUGUCUCGCCUUUCUGCAAAUCCUUUACGUUCCUUUGUCACAUACGUUGUCUUCAAAGGGGUGAUCCUAAGGAUGCGGGCCGUAUCAUCGAGUUCACACCCUCCAAAGCUUCAGCACACUAUAAAGGAGAGAUCAACCGAUGCAUCCAUAUUCCAGUUUCUAAUUCAGUCAAAGUCCUUUGUCUCUGCAACAAUGGUGUCGACUUGACUGCUGAGAUCGAUUACGCGCUUGAGGGCAUUGUCAAUGCCAGCGACUCAGCAGGUGAUCCCGGAAAAUAUGAGAUGAAAGGAGCCGCUAUAGAGCAGUUGACAGCAACUACGACGAUCACAAAGACCAUGACCACCACAGUGAUGUCGACAAAAACAGUGACUAAAGCCUGUGAAGCUACUCCAACGCCGGCGAUAGUCUCCAAAACUGAGACAAAGGAAGAUAAAUAUUUGGACAUUGAGCAGAAAAUAUUUGACACCCACAAUGGUCCUAAUUCGAUUCAGCAUGCGCAGUCACUCAGUAAAUCGAAGCUGUAUGAAGAGCAAAACAUGAUUAAAGAAUUAGCAGAGGAGGCUGAGGAUCAGGAAAGAUUGGGAAUAAAGGGUAGCAAAGACAAUCAUCAAGACAAUGAUAGCGAUGUAGAUGACCACGGAAUCAGUGACCAAUGCAUUGAUUGUAAUAUCGAAGCCCAUCAAAAACUCUUAUUCAAAGUUGAAGUUAAGCUCUGGAAGGGGCAUCACGCCGAUAGUGAUGAAGACAAAGAGAGUGAGUUGGAGGAGAGAGAUCAACGCCGCAGAGAAGAAAAUAUUGAAAUGCAAGCCAGUGUACAAAAACACAACUUCCAGAAAGUUCAGUCAUAAUAGGAAACAUUGCGAAGACAGAAACACAUCAUAGAUCUGAGUCUGCUUGACAAAGCACGAUAAGCGCAAUAUACGCUAUACCAUACCACAUGUAUACGUAUACCGCAUGCACACACACCUCUCAUUCAAAACU